UACGGUAUCCCAAAUUUCACCGGGUACCGUCCUUCCUCCCCCGCCACUCCCGGGAUCGACCCCGUUGACAGCUUCAUGGAGUUCCCAGAUUUAGGAGCCCACUGCACGGAGCCCUCCUGCAAGCGCCUGGACUUCCUCCCCUUGAAAUGUGAUGCAUGUGAACAGCUAUUCUGCACUGACCAUAUUGCCUAUGCCCAUCAUAGCUGCACUUCAGCAUACAAGAAGGAUGUACAGGUUCCUGUUUGUCCACUAUGCAGCACACCUAUCCCUGUGAAGCGAGGAGAAAUGCCUGAUAUUGUGGUGGGAGCCCACAUUGAUCAAGACUGCAAAUCAGACCCAGCGCAGCGUAAGAGAAAGAUCUUCACCAACAAGUGUCAGCGUCCUGGCUGCAAACAACGGGAAAUGAUGAAGGUGCUCUGUGACCAAUGUCAUGGCAACUUCUGCCUCAAACACCGGCACCCCCUAGACCAUGACUGCAGUGGGGCUGGCCGUUCACUCUCCAAAGCAGGGAAUGCUGCUGUAGCCAGGGCUCAAAAAUCUGCCAAAGAACCUGUAAGCACUACAUCUAGCAGCGCAGCCAUGAGAUCUCAUGUCAGCCAACCAACCUCCAGCAGAUCAAGUGAAACGGUAAGAGCAUCUCAGCCACAAAGCCCGACUGUUCCUGUUGCUGCUCUGCAGAACGGUUUGAGUGAAGAGGAAGCGUUACAGCGAGCCUUGGAGAUGUCUCUGGCGGAAACGGCAGCCAUCCAACCAGAGCGCAGCAGCGCCCAAGAGGAGGAGGAUCUGGCAUUGGCUCGAGCGCUUUCGGCUAGUGAGGAAGAAUAUCAGCAGCAGCAGCAGCUACGGCAACAAGCUCGAAGCACAAAACCAUCCAACUGCUGCCUAUCCUGAGCAUCACCAGAAUCACUCAACCUGGAAACCAUCUGUGGCCAAUCUGGGGGCUUCCUUUAUGCCUCCUGGUUUACUACUGGGGCACUCUCAGAAGUACUAGCAACGAACCAAAGACUGAAUCCCUUCCAGGAUCUUGCAGAGUCUCUUUGCCACCCGACUGCUGUCACUGUCACUAGGACUGUGCCUUCUGAGACAGCUGGUGGCAUUUCUUCCAUUGGACAAGGCAGCAGUAAUUAUGGGAUUAUGCUCCCCGAUUCCCAUCAUUUUGUAAUCAGCUUCCAACAAUGGCUGCAAUAGGAAUGUUUCAAGGCAGAAGGACUUACUGCCUUCCUUCAGUCUGUUUGGGGCCUCUAGCAGAUUUGGACAGUAGGUGGUGCUAAGCGCUUUCAUAGGAGGCACUUUUGCUAUCUCCCCCUGCUCUGCGGCUUCUUGCAAAAUAAGGGGAAGAUAUCUCCCCAUAGCUACUCUUUCGAAGUUUCUAUAUCAAAUAAAUGUCUUAGCUCCUAGUUGGGAUUCCUAAGAUUACAACUAAAUCUGACAACUAAAUCUUCUGAUUCUGAGUGUCUUGAAUGUUACUGCCAACCCCCUCACCAGAACCUUUGACACUCGGCACCCUCUGAGAAAAACAGCCAAAGAUCAUCCUUGGGAAAAAUGAGUAAAUCGACUUCCAACUUCCAGUAUAUAACCAGUUGCUUUAGAUUGCAUGAAACAGAGCUGCCUGGCCUGAGGUGACUCCCAUGUUUAGUGAACCUGUGGGUAAUUGUUUUCCAUCUGAUGCAUGUUUGGUUGGGACCACCUUCUGCCAGCUGUCCUUUGGCUCCCUCCCUCUCUCUGCAGGUCCCAGACAUUGUCCAGCAUUCUGUGCCUUUGCUGCGUGGCUUACAGGGUCAAAGCAGGGAAGAUUAUUGGAAACUGGCAGGAACCAAUAAAUUGACAGACAGAAACAGCUCGUCCUUUGCUUUCAUUGGGUUAAAUUCUCUGCCUUUGCAAUGGGAUUUUAGCUUAGUUUUUUUCUUCUUCUGUGUGCUGCUAGUUCUGUUUUGAAUGUCCCUCUGCUCUCUGCAGGAAUUUGGGAUUACAGGAAAUUGAUUAAAUCCAUUGGUAUUAUUUGUUCUAUACCAGUGGAUACAACAAAUGUUCUUUUGGGGCAUAUAUUUUAGGCAUGUCAGGGGAAUAAUUAUUUUGAUUUGUUCUGAAACUGCCUGUACUGGGAAUUGAUGAACUGCAAUAUCUGAUAGGGUAGGCCAAUUCCUUACCACAUAAAAUGGAGGGCAUUUGUUUCAUUUAAGAAACUAUUCUAGCCCAGGUACUGGAGUAGAAAGGUGUUUUUUAAAUACAGCACAUUUUCAGAAUUACUUAAUGCAAGGCUAAUUUAAGUUAUCAAAUUAUCUGAUCUGGCUUCCUGAUUUGAAAUUCAUACAGCUCCUUUAUAAGCAUGAGUACAAAUUAUGCACUAGAAUAAAUACAAUAUUUUAGUUUGCAAGUAAAAGAGGCCUUUGUGCAACUUAAAAACCUAUAAAGACUUUUUGUCAUGGAAUCAGUCCACAUUUUGCAAUUGCAAAAUGGAGCAAGAAUCAAAUUUCUCCAUGUGCGUAUAUAUAUACAUGCACAGAGAGAGAUGUGAAGUUAGAUUUCUUACUGAAAGAAGAAAGCUUCAGCUUUGUGUAUACUGAUUUAGAAAGCUUGUAUUGUGCAACAUGGAGUUUACUUUUCAAUAAAUAUGCAUGGGUAUGGACAAGAUCUUAUUUAUGUUCUAGACAUUGGGCCACUUUAAACAGAGUUUUAAAUUGUACUUUUAAAAAUCCAUUCAAAUGAAUCUUUACUUAAAAUACUUUUAAAUGGCUUGCUUACUUACUUAUAAUGUAGGCUCCAUGUGAAUAUUUCCUGGUCCACUCAAUAAAGUAUUCCUAUUCCUGUU